UUUCAUGUGUGCUCUGUGGAUGUAAUGGGAAAUUCCACUGAUCAAUGUUUUACCACUGGGAUGAAUGUCUUACUCCUGUUUUGACUGUUUUCUGUGCCCUUGGCGGAUGCAACUGCAAAGUUCAUGUCCUUACUGGGUCAUUUCUCCUCAUGAUGACUUUUAUCUGGGUGUUUCCUCAUUCUGGUGCAUACCAGACUUAACUUGUUCAUUUUAGUUCCUCUUUUAUUACCUCCAUCGACACAGUGGUGAGUGGAUAAUGAGUUUUAAUUUGUCUGUGAACUAUCACGUUAAUAACUGCACGGCUGAAUCCUCGUGUUAUCGUCCUCGAGGCGUUUGCACAACAGGCACAUUUCUGUUGUGUGCGACUUAUUGAAAAGUUUUAAUUUUUUUUACCAACCUUCUCUGAAAAAAGAAAAUAUAUUGACUUCAAGAAGUAUAUUUCACAAACAGCCACUAUCAUCUGCCGUUUGAUCUUAAGGUUUCCUGAUUAUGUAUCAAUAUAAAUUAUUCUUAUUCGGUGGAAUAUUACAAGUCUAAAUUGUGUUUCAUGUCUUCAAACAAGCGUUCACUUUUUUUACAUUAUUUCAUAUUUUCUUGAAAUUUCAGGGGAAAUUAAAUCAACUUAAUCUUCAAAAUCUCCUAAACUGAGAUAAGUCAUAUUGAUUUCAAUGUUUUAGUUGUAUCUUUAAAUUGUACGAGCACCGUGUUGUUGUUGUUUUUUAAUGGAGGCCGAACUUGUUCAUAUCUUCGUGCAAUUCAGAAUAUGUACGCAGGUCAGAUAUAGUAACUGCCAUUUAUUGUAAUAACUCUCCUCUCAGAAUUUAAUCAAAUGUUCCAGCAUAUGUGUCAAAAAAUAGCAAUAAUCAGGAAAAGGACUUUAAUAUCAGUAAUUACACAGGCUCCUACUGAGCAAAUUUUAAUUAGCCUGCAACACUGUGUGUGUGUGUGUGUGUGUGUGUGUGUGUGUGUGUGUGUGUGUGGGGCCUAGAUAUUACUCAUGCUGUGGGGACCUACAUACGUUUAGUCACUUACGAGGACCUUGCUUCAUCACGAGGACAAAAAUACUUACUAUAUGUUUCUAUGUUGAAAUAACAUGAAAAUGCCACCUUAUAUAUAUUCUUUAAAUAUCUCGUUACACAGAAAACACCUUGAUAUUCCAGAAAAAAUAUAUCAAUAUAUAAUAUUUAGUUCAUUAGAGUAGUAUUUAGUUAAUUAUGUUUAUUAGUCUAUUAACAGUGUAAGAUGGUGGCAUAAGUAUCUGGAAUAUUUUGGCCUGCAAAUUUGCUCUUUCACGAAAAACAUGAGCGUGUGUGUCUUCGUGUUUGUUGUGUGUGUGUGUGUUGAGGGGGGGGGGGGGGGGAUAUUAUAUUUCCCCGCACAUCCCGCAAACGCACCACGAGCGUCGGUCUGUGUCACGUGAGAUGCUCCGCUAAGAAUGCGGUGACGUUGUGGAGUUCCGUCAGAGGAGCGGUGUCUGACAGCCAGUCUGCCCGGGACCAACAGCUGCAUUCCCCGGCUGAGACGAAGCGUCGGUCCGGGGCGGAGCGGAGGAGCAGAGGAAACAAAAGACGGGUGGAAGGUGCAGAGACGAGCCGCUGGGUUUUUGGGUUUUCCCCCUGCAGGACUGUGGCAGUGAUCGGACUCAUUGAUGCGCGAGGAUUUUAUGUUUUUGAUUUUGUGUUUUUCCUCCAUCUCCUCCUGCACAUCAGCCCUCCGAGCAGCGGGGAGGAGCAGCCCCCUCUCCCGCUGCUCCCGCAUCCCUCCAGCGGACCGGGCUCACGGAUACACGCGCAUGGAUGCUGCGGUGUUUCUCUCUCUCUCUCUCUCCCUCUGUCCUCCGUGGAAAGCAACUUAAACCCGGGGGGACACAAGAGUGAAGCGGCGGAGGGGGAAGCAAGAAACAUAAAGAUCGACUAAGUAGAACCGGGAGAGGAGGGUCCCCUGCCCGGAGGAGGACAGGCUCUAACCCCGCAGGUUAGAGAGAUUAAACACAAAGGAGGCGUCCCUCAUCUUAUCCUGAAGGAGGCACCACAUAGAGCAUGAGCCUGUGUUUGUCUACAGCGCCAAAGGAGUUCCAGGGAGAAGCCUCUAUGGUCACGUACUCAUCGUCCUCCUAGCUCCACCAGGGGCCCUUUAAACCUGCUCCACGCUGCACUGGUGGACAUCUGCCGACUCAGAUCCCCCUCUGAUCGUUGGCAACCACAUGUUUGAGGUGACUGUGUGCUACUUGAGCAGCAGCAGCCUUCUGCGACCCCAAUCUCCACCAUGCAGUGGAGACGGCGGCACUGCUGUCCCAUCAAGAUGACCUGGACCAUCAAGCGUUCAGUCUUUCGGACCCACGUGACAGGCCUCCUCUCGCUGGCUCUGCUCUUCACUUUCUUCUUGUUUUUCAGCCACCAGGACUGGCUGCCGGGGCGCAGUGGGCUCCGGGAAAACCCACUCAGUAAUACACUGAAGGCCCUUCGCAGCCCCAAGGGGGACGGCAACCAGAGCAGCUCCCUGAGGAGCCCGUGGAGGGACGGGGGAUAUGUAGCGCCAAAGCCUCUGCUCAACCUGAGCACUCAGCAGGCGGAGGGGCCGGCAGGAGAGACCGUCGGAAGCAGGAUGGGUGUAAUGGGGCUCGGGGACACCAUGAGCACCAACAACAGUUUACAGAAGGAGAUGGGUGUGGGAGGGACGCUCAGUGCUCAGCCCUACCGCUACAUCCUGAACGAGCCCUUCAAGUGCAGGGACACCACGCCCUUCCUCAUACUCCUCAUUGCUGCCGAGCCCAGCCAGGCCGAUGCCCGAAACGCCAUCCGUGCAACCUGGGGGAAUGAGAGUGUAGCGAUGGGCCUGGGGUUUGUCCGUCUCUUUCUGCUCGGAGUAGGAAAGAGCUCUGACACCUUCCUCCAGAGCAGCAUCGAGGAAGAGAGCCGCAUUCACCAUGACAUCAUUCAACAGGACUACCAGGACACUUACUACAACCUGACCAUCAAAACCCUGAUGGGCAUGAACUGGGUGGCCACCCACUGCCCACACGCCUCCUAUGUGAUGAAGACAGACAGCGACAUGUUUGUCAACACCGAGUAUCUCAUCCAAAAGCUGCUGAAGCCCGAGCUGCCUCCCAAGCAUCGGUUCUUCACCGGCUACAUGAUGAGAGGCUAUGCGCCAAACAGAAACAAGGACAGCAAGUGGUACAUGGCGCCAGAGCUUUACCCGAGCGAGCGCUACCCGAUAUUCUGCUCGGGCACGGGGUAUGUGUUCUCAGGGGACAUGGCCGAGCUGAUCUACCAGGCCUCUCUCGGCAUUCGCAGACUGCACUUGGAGGAUGUUUACGUGGGGAUCUGCUUGGCGAAGCUCCGCAUCGACCCGGUACCCCCACCCAAUGAGUUCCUCUUCAACCACUGGCGGGUGUCUUACUCCAGUUGUAAGUACAGCCACCUGAUCACGUCGCAUCAGUUCCAACCCAACGAACUCGUCAAGUACUGGAACCACUUGCAGAGCAACAAGCACAACGCCUGCAUCAACAUAACCAAGGAAAAGAAUGGCAGGUACCGGAACCGAAGGUUUCACGGAGAGAGGCCUCCAUGACGCCUCCUGUGACUGCCAAAAAGACAAAGGGAGAUAGGCACACAGUAACUUCAGCCAUUGGAGGGCACGUGGAACCUAGCACUAUACACUAUUUGGGGAAAAGCACAUUGUUUUGGUAUUGUGUACAGUUCUUGAACCAAACUAUUUUUUUAAUUUGAGAAAAAAAAGGUAAUUAUGGUGAAGUAUUCUGGGGUGAAGGACAUGUCUGUGUUUAUGAUAAUUCAGGUGCCAACAGGAACGUGGUCGUUCAUGCUAAUGUGUAGGUUCUCCUCCAAAGGGAAGUGCGGUACGUCAAAAAAACAACUGUGACACAGUCGUGUUUACACAGACACAAAGGGAAAUGUUAGUGUAUUAUGUGGAAAGUUACACUACCUAAAUAUGAAUGAAAGUAUCUUUGACAUUGACCAGUGAUGCUGCCCUGUUUCUCAAUGUUUACUUUACAUAUUUAUCAAAGAACACACCUCUAGCCAGAGGGGUUUAUCUGUCAUAUACUGUAUUUUAUUUUGAAAAAGAAAUCGACACAGAAGCACUCAGAAUCACGACAGAGAUGACUGAGAUUGUAUUUUUUAAAGCUUUACAUUGAUUAUGACUGCACUAGAGCAAAUGUGCAAUGAAUCAAAUAACAAUUAAAUGUAUUGAAGUCA